AUGGCGGAGCAGAUGUGUAGUUUUCAGAAACUGUUUGCUGUGGAAGAAGAGUUUGAAGAUGAGGAUUUCUUAUCUGCUUUGGAGAACACAGAGCACCGCUUUGCUAGUGAGCUGCCUGGGAAUGCUGCCCACCUGCCAGCGGUCUCGUCCAGACCACGGGAGACUCUGCAGGCACAAUCCUCACUUCCCUUGCCAUCAUACCCGCUUUCUUCCAGCCCAUUAGUCCCAGGACUCUGUCCCCCUACUCCCAGUGUGCCCCAGACCAUCAGGGAUCCACCUUGUGUGGGACCCAUGUCCCCAAGACCUGUCUCGGUUUCUAGCAGCAGUGAGGGCAGUCAGCAAAGAAGGACCCUGACUGAAAACAUACUCCAAGGGUCAUCGGGACCCCAGCCCUCAGCCGCACACUCUGGCUUUAUCUUUGAGAGCCGUUGUGAGGGCAUUGGUGGCUUUGAAGCGCCUGAGCAAGAUGAGUUUGACAGGGCCCUGGCAAGCAUGGAGCUGGAGGGAGCUGCCUUGGAGCUAGACCUUGGAGUUGAUGGUGGAGCCACCCAAAUCCUGCCUGCUCAGCACCACAAGGGUCCAGUAUUGGCGAAAAAGGCCCGAGUAGCUGAUCUGAGUGCAUCUUCCCAGAAGGGGGCCAUUGUCCACUGUAGGAGUCCAUGGCCUUCCUUGAGACCUGGAGCGGCAGGCAGCUUUCCUGUCCCAGCCGCCUCUGCAGUUUCAGCUUCUCGUCAAAGAGGCUCCGCCAUUGCCGCACCUCAGCCUCUCCAAGUAGCUGGAAGGACCAUUCAAAACACCCCCCAGACUCAUUUGUGUGCUCAGCCGUUUCAGUCUCCCAGAGCUUGGCCAAGCGACAAACCCCGUUUUCCUGCACCUGAACGUCCCCACUGCAGCUCUUCCGUAGUCCGUCAGGGGCCCUGGCCCUCUCGAGCCCCAGGAUCUUCUGUCAAUUCCCCUGCCAGCACCCCGAGAAGUACUUCUGCCCCUUCUCCUCAGCCAGCUCUUCAGACACCUAUAGUCACCAACCGCCUGGUCCAACUUGUCACCGCUACCAGCCGGAUACCCCAGCAGCCCUCCUGCCCCUCCAUGCGACCUAAAACCCGCCGAUUCCCCGGCCCAGCAGGAGUCCUUCCUCACCAGCAUAGCGGGGAGAAUCUGGAGGAGAUCAUGGUUUCCACACCCCAGACACCGACUCACGGUGCUCUGGCUAAGUUCCAGACUGAGAUUGUUACUAGUUCCCAGGGAUCGGUGGAAGAAGAUUUUGGGCGAGGGCCCUGGCUCAGCAUGAAAUCUUCUCUGAACCUGGACGAGAGAGACCCAAUGUGCUUUCUCUAUACCUACAGUAUCGUGAUGGUGAUGCGCAAGGCAGCCCUCAAGCAGCUCCCCAAGAACAAGGUCCCCAACAUGGCGGUGAUGAUCAAGUCCCUGACUCGGAGCACAAUGGAUGCCAGUGCGGUUUUUAAGGACCCCACAGGAGAGAUGCUGGGAACAGUGCACAGGGUACUUCUGGAGACACACCAAAAUGAGCUGAAGCCCGGCUCGGUGCUGCUGCUGAAGCAGGUCGGAGUAUUCUCUCCUUCCCUCAGAAACCACUACCUCAACGUGACGCCCAAUAAUCUGCUCCAUAUUUACAGCCCAGACUCUGGGGACAGGGACUUCCUCCAGCCACCUCAGCCCUUGCCCAAGGAUCUAGAAAGCUCCUGUGGAAGCCUCCAGCCUGAGGUGGCUGCCGAGCCCACACAGGGCCUCAGAACAGUGCAGAACCCAGCAACGUCUCCUGAGGAAGAGCUCCCAGAGGCAGAUGACCUGGAUGGACUCCUGAGUGAGCUCCCUGAAGACUUCUUCUGUGAGCCCAGCACUUAGAGCUGUCUCAAGACAGGUCAUCCACAUGAGCUGGCAGCCUUGCUGCCCCCAGUCAAGCUCUGGGUGCAUCUGGUCAGGUCCA